GAAGAAGAAGCGCCGCCACCGCGAUGACGUCAUUUUCACGCGUCCGAGCAGGAGCCGCUUCCCGAGAGCAAACAAACGAACGGAUGGCUGUAAAGCGGACCGGGGCCUGAAAUAGGGCGAGUGUGUGAGAAGGUUUGCUGCUCCGUGGCUCAGACAGAAGAAGUGUGACGUCCGGGGGCAGGAGGGCGUCGGGAGAGCUCAAGCGUGGGACUCUCGAAAUGGAGCCGAAUUCCUUUCACGACGCAAGCGAACACCUUUGAACCCCAGUUUCAACAACGGAACCGAAGCCCAAUUGCGAGCAAACCCCCCGCCUCGUUGGGUGCCAUGGCGGAGCGGCGGCUCAAGUGGAAAAGUCACAUCUCCGAACAACUGAAGCUGCGAGAUCGAAUACAGCGACAGACCUUUGAAGAAAUAAUCCAUCAAUAUCAUCGGCUGCUGGAGAAGUCGGACCUUCAAACUGUCCUGUCGGAACGGUACCAGAGUGACAAGUAUGAGGUCCAGAGACACGAGUCCAGUUCUGGUUUGGAGCCCAGUCGCAGCGAGGCGCUGCAGCAGGAAAUGUCACAGAUGAAGAUCAGGCACCAGGAGGAGCUGACGGAGCUGCACAAGAAGCGCGGAGAGCUGGCUCAGAACGUGAUCGAGCUCAACAACCUGCUCCAGCUGAAGGACCGAGAGAUCCAGGGCAACGAAGCAAAGAUUGUGGACCUUCAGCAGCAGAUCACGACUCUGGAAGGAGACUGUCGAGAGCUGAGGAGCUGUCUCCAGGACCUGGAGAGGGCCAACCAGACUCUGAAGGAUGAGUACGACGCUCUGCAGAUCACGUUCGCCGCUCUGGAGGAGAAGUUGCGGAAGACGACGGAGGACAACCAGGAGCUGGUGACGCGCUGGAUGGCAGAGAAAGCUCAGGAGGCCAAUCGACUCAACGCAGAGAAUGAGAAGGACUGCAGGCGCCGACAGGCCAAGCUGCAGAAGGAGCUGGCGGACGCCGCCAAAGAGCCGCUGCCUCUGGACCGGGAUGACGACAUCGAGGUGCUGCCGGAGGAGGCCGCGAAGGGAGGGAGGGAGACCUCGCCGAGCCGCCUUCCUGGCCGUACCCCCAGCAAGAAGAACUCGCAGGCGCCUCCUGCUGGCCUGCUGGACUCCAUCUCCAACAUAUUUGGGCGCAGGUCGGCCAAUUCUUUCUCCUCCUCGGCCGAGAACCCCGAGGCCCCGACAGGAGGCUGCGCCGAGGUCCGGGUCCCGUCCACGGCGCUGCAUGUUUUCGACGCCCACGACGGAGAGGUCAACGCCGUGCAGUUCAGCCCUGGCUCCCGCCUCCUGGCCACGGGAGGGAUGGACCGCCGCGUCAAACUGUGGGAGGUGGUCGGCGGUCGCUGUGAGUCCAAAGGAGCUCUGACGGGAAGCAACGCUGGAAUCACCAGCAUCGAGUUCGACACGGCGGGCUCGUAUCUGCUCGCCGCCUCCAACGACUUCGCCAGCAGGAUCUGGACGGUGGACGACUUCAGGCUGCGGCACACCCUGACGGGCCACAGCGGGAAGGUCCUGUCUGCUCGCUUCCUGCUGGACAACGCUCGCAUCGUGUCGGGGAGCUACGACCGAACGCUCAAGCUGUGGGACCUGCGCAGCAAAGUCUGCAUGAAGACCGUCUUCGCCGGCUCCAGCUGCAACGACAUUGUGUGCACAGAGCAGUGUGUGAUGAGCGGCCACUUUGACAAGAAGGUCCGCUUCUGGGACAUCAGGUCCGAGAGCAUCGUCCAAGAGCUGGAGCUGCACGGCCGCGUCACCUCCCUGGACCUGAACCACGACCGCAGCGAGCUGCUCACCUGCUCGCGGGACGACCUGCUCAAGAUCGUGGACUUGCGGACCAACGGCGUCCGACAGACCUUCAGCGCUCAAGGGUUCAAGUGCGGCGCCGACUGGACCAGGGUCACCUUCAGCCCGGACGGGAGCUACGUGGCCGGAGGCUCUGCUGACGGAGCCCUGUACGUCUGGAACGUCCUGACGGGAAAGGUGGAGCGGACUCUGGACCGGAGCCACAGUUCCGCCAUCAACUCGGUGUCGUGGUCGCCGUCCGGAACCUUCGUGGUCAGUGUGGAGAAGAGCAGCCGGGCCGUCCUGUGGUCAGACCUCUGACGGGCGCCGGGGCGGGCGGGCGGGCGGUGUGUGACACAACAAUAAAGAGGAAAACAAAUCCAGUCUUUU